CCCUCAUGCACGCCUUCAAAUGUGGCUCAUCAAUACGUGGUCGCGCCAGCUCGAAGAGUUUAACGGAAGUCAAAUACCUCCCUACGCGAUCCUCUCUCACACAUGGGGAGAUGAUGAAGUGUCCUUCCAGGACAUGAGGAAUCCAACAUACUCGACUUGGAGCGAUACCACUAGCAAGGCCGGCUUCGUCAAAAUCCUAAGCACCUGCGAACUAGCUAACCAGGGAAGGAUCCCGUACGCCUGGAUUGACACAUGCUGUAUCGAUAAGUCGAGCAGUGCGGAGCUCACCGAGGCCAUCAACUCAAUGUUCAAAUGGUACCAGCGCGCGGCUAUCUGUUAUGCCUGGUUAUCUGACCUUGAGAUCUACGCCGACUUCGACAGCGAUAUCGAUGGCAGCAGAAACUUUGACAAAUGUCGCUGGUUUACGCGGGGUUGGACCCUCCAAGAACUCAUCGCGCCCAAGGAAGUCGAGUUCUACGACCGAGACUGGAAUUCCGUCGGCCGCAAAAGUGGCCUCAUCGACCAACUCCACGCUGUCACAGCUAUCGCCGUUGACGUCCUCCGCGGCGACGAGGGCGCAUUGGCGCACACCUGCGUCGCCGAAAAAAUGUCCUGGGCCGCGGGGCGGGAGACCACCCGUGUCGAGGAUGCCACCUAUUGUCUCAUGGGCAUCUUCGGCAUCAAUAUGCCUCUCUUCUACGGUGAAGAGGAUAAGGCAUUUCAAAGGCUUCACAAGGAGAUACUGCGCGAGAGUGACGAUGUGACGAUCUUUGCGUGGGAGAGGGCCCUCCACAGACCACCACCACACCAGUCCUUCCGUGACGGCGAGCGGAUCCUUGGCGGUGUGCUUGCUGAAUCCGCAGACGACUUUGCCGUUCACCGUCAUCGAACAAAGAUCUACCCGCCGCCUAUCAAGAGGCCGACGCUUCAGGUCAUGAAAAAUUGUAUCAAAGUCUACACCGAGCUCAUCUGGGAGGAAGUACCUGAGACCGGCGGCCGCCGCUACCACGUGCUUUGCGGCUAUCGUGGCCAGGAAAGCCAGGAAAAAGUUGCUAUCCGUCUCGUCAAAGUUGCAGGCGGCUCAUUUGUGCGGGAGAACCUCGACCAAUGUGUCUCGAGUCACAACUUCCACACAGACAGGCUCCACCGCCGGGAGUUUAGCAUGCUCGUCAAUGUCUCGAGCUAUCCGAUUCGGCUAUUCACCCAAGGCUCAUGGGACCUAGUCAGAAUAAGGUUCCGUUGCCCUAAAAAUAUGAAGGUAGCAGAAGCCUGGCCAUGGUCGAAAUGGCAUGAUGAGGGACAUGAAUUCGUAGCAUACCCCACGCGUCUUUGCGGGUCGAUACUCUUCCAUGUUUACCACGCUGUUCAACCUACAGACCACCCACUGAGCCCUGAGGCAGGUCGCAGGACGGACAUCGUCUUCACCUUUGAUCCUCACACGGUUCACCCAGUUACUCAGGGAAUCAAGGGAGCCCUCCUUGAGAGAUACGGCGGAUUCCAGUCCAAGGUGGACCACAUCAAAUCUGUCUUGAACACCGAAGAGCCAGAUUGUUUCGGCUUUGACGAACUUCUCACGCAAAUAGGCUUGCCCACGUCCAAUAAGAUUGUACUCAACUUGGGAAGGCCAAAUCGGUCUGCAGUAUUGAAAUUUACGUCGAGGAGGCUUACUGACCCUCAGGAUAACGCGACAGGCUGGGAAGUCGUAUUUAAGAUAGACGAGUAUGAGACGGCUAGUGUACGCCCAGUAAAGUAUCAGAAGUGGCGAGCGGAUGUUUGGAAUUCUGAAGGGAGGACGAAAGGUCGGACUAUAUAGUACCAGCGGCGAAUCAGUCAUGUUCGACACGAAAUAUCUACAAAGCUGCUU